AUGAAGAAGGUAGUUUUGAAUAACAAGACUUUGACAUUUUCACUCGGUGGUGAGGAUGGUGUAUUACGAUGUCAAGGUAGGCUAUGUGUUCCAAAUGUGGAUAAUCUUCGGGGGAGGGUAAUGGCGGAGGCUCAUAAUUCCAGAUUUCAUGUUAGCAUUCGGAUGGCCCCAUUCGAUGCAUUGUACGGGAGGAGUUGUAGGUCUCCGAUUAGAUGGUUCGAAGUGGGUGAAGCAGAAUUGUUAGGGCUAGAUCUCGUGCACCAGGCUAUGGAAAAAGUUAAAAUCAUUCAGGAAAGGCUGAAAACUUCUCAGAGUCGCCAGAAAUCUUAUGCGGACAUUCAUCGAAGAAAAUUGGAAUUCCAAGUAGAUGAUUGGGUGUUCUUGAGGAAAGUGGUUGGAGACCCAUCCACCAUCGUGCCAAUCGAGGCUAUCGAGGUCAAUGAAGAGUUAUCAUAUGAAGAAAUUCCGGUCGCUAUUCUUGAUAGGCAAGUCCACAAAUUGAGAAACAAGGAAGUUUCUUCAGUUAAAGUGCUAUGGCAAAGUCAACAAGUCGAGGAAGCCACGUGGGAAACGGAAAGUGAAAUGAAAGAAAAAUAUCCCCAUCUGUUUGAACAAGUCAAGUAG